GAAACCAACGGUCAAUGCAAAACAAAAACAAAGAAAAUACUUGGCCACGACGUGCAGUGACCCGAGUAAAACGAAAUAAAAUUCUAUGUGCGCCAGAAUUUUCCAACAAAUACCUACUCGCCACCGCCAGCCAUUUCCUGCUUUUUAGUAGAAACAAAAUUUAACAUUUCGAACUCUUUUAGCUAAAACGAAAAAAAAAUCUAAAAAUCGACAACGCACCAAAAAUUGAAGUACGCGCACUUUUGGCAACGACUGUGACUGCGAUCGUUGGCGAUGCGUUGUCGUCGCCACGCGAAAAUUUCGUUAAUGUCUUGUUGCCGCGGCUGCUCUGACGAUGUCACCAUCGAAGAGAUUCCUGAAACCCAGGAGGUCACCUCCACCUCCGCCGCCACCGCCACUGCCCAACAAGAACCUGUAACGUCUGCGGAAAAGGAAGAGCACGAUCCCAAUAUAGCCGUUCCUCGCCCACCUCUCGCCGAAUUUACCACACCCCCACCAUCACCCAUCGAUGAGAGUGAAAUGGCUGCAGUUAGCAAAGAAGUGAAUCCCGAAAGAGCAGUCGCCUCUAGCAGCGACGGCAUCUUCUCGGUCCUUUAUACGGUUUUCAAGAAAGUCGCUAUUGUCGGUUCCAUUUACUUGGUUGGCUAUAUGGGUUGGAGUGUCGCGUGGCUUAUAGCGCCCGUUAUUCUAUCUGUGGCGCGCGAUGAAUUCCGUAAAACCACCGAACACAAGCGCAACAUUGCUAAGGCGUCAGCCAUGGCUUCCGAGAAGGAUGUCAUACUUGCGCGCAUCGAUGAGUUGCCAGCGUGGGUCUACUUUCCGGAUGUUGAGCGCUGUGAAUGGGUCAACAAGAUCCUCAAACAAGUGUGGCCCAAUGCCAACCACUUCGCCCGCACACUCGUCAAAGAGACAAUCGAACCAAAUGUUGCAUUCGCACUUUCCAAUUACAAAAUGAAUGGUUUCCGCUUCGAUCGCAUCAUACUCGGCACAAUACCGCCACGCAUUGGCGGCGUAAAGAUCUACGAUAAAAAUGUCGAUCGCAAUGAGAUCAUUAUGGAUUUGGAUCUGUUUUAUGCGAGUGAUUGCGACAUCAACUUCUAUUUGGGCAGCAUCAAGGGUGGCAUCAAAGACUUCCAAAUACAUGGCUGGGUGCGGGUGGUUAUGAAGCCACUCAUACGUUCCAUGCCACUGGUGGGUGGUCUGCAGAUCUUCUUCUUGAACAACCCCAAUAUCGAUUUCAAUUUGGUGGGCGUCAUUGAUUUUAUGGAUAUGCCCGGAUUGAGUGAUUUGUUGCGCAGGAUAAUUGUAGAGCAAAUCGGCGCGGUUAUGGUGCUGCCGAAUAAGUUGCCGAUCACAUUGAGUGAUGAGGUGCCAGCGAUCAGUUUGAAAAUGCCAGAACCGGAGGGUAUUUUACGCAUACACGUCGUCGAGGCCAAAGAUCUUAUGAAGAAGGAUAUCGGUGUAUUGGGUAAGGGCAAAUCCGAUCCCUAUGCGGUGAUCAAUGUGGGCGCACAAGAAUUCAAAACACAAAUUAUUGAAAAUAAUGUGAACCCCAAGUGGGACUACUGGUGCGAGGCCCCUGCCUUUGCCGACGGCACUUUGGAUCUCAAGGCCGUCUUUCAUUUGUGGGACUCAGAUAUUCCUGGUAGUCCGAAUGAUGAUUUUUUGGGAAGAGCUACCAUCGAAAUAUUCAAUGUGAUCAAGCGAGGCAUUGUGGACACGUGGCUAACCUUGGAGGACGCCAAGCAUGGGCUCUUACACGUACGCAUGCAGUGGUAUAAGUUGACUGCCGAUCCUACCGACCUACAAGCGGCACUACUGGAGACGCAACUGCUGCGAGUAACUUCCAUGAGCACAUCAUUACUCACUGUCUUCGUCGAUUCGGCCAAGAAUUUGAAGCAAGCGCGUACCAGCUCCAAACCCGAUCCCUACUUAAUUGCCAUGGUUGGCAAACACAAGGAGCAGACUGCAAUGAUUAUGCGCGAUGAUUCGCCCGUGUGGGAGCAAGGUUUCACCUUCCUGGUGGGCAAUCCGGAAAAUGAGUCACUGCAAAUACGUAUUGUGGACCAGAAGACAGGCAACGACAUAGGACAGUAUACGUAUCCUUUGAAUUUACUGCUACCUAAGAAAAAUAUGGAAUUGGUCUCACAGCCAUUCCAGCUACAAAAAUCUGGUCCCGAAUCCAAAUUGAUUAUGUCUCUUUCAUUGCGCAUUCUCAAGCCUGCCGAGGUGUUAGAAGAGACCGAGCCCAAUGCGGGCUCCUCAGAGUCUUCAGCAGCGCUAACACGAUCGAGCUCGGUGAAAACGCCCACGCAGGAGAGCAGCAAGGAUCUACAAUCACAAACGAGCCGCAUUUCAGUUGAAUCUCCCAUUGCCGAGGAACAUGUUGAAACAAUGAAAGCUUCACCAAUUUCUAUACCCUACUCUGCUGCUCUGGAGUCUGGCGAAGCGGUGCUCACCCAUCGUAUGCCCGAUUUGAGCAGUUCGUCCGGGGAGUUCGGUCUUGGUCGCAUACAACUUUCUGUGCGCUAUAGCGUACAGCGUCAGAAACUCACUGUUACCGUACACAAAAUCAUGUAUCUCCCACUACGCGAUCCCUCCAACAUACCGGAUCCCUAUGUUAAACUCUAUCUACUGCCAGGACGUAGCAAAGAAUCAAAGCGUAAGACAAUGGUAAUCAAGGACAACUGCAAUCCCGUUUAUGAGGCAACAUUUGAGUAUCUCAUAUCGACUGCCGAGCUGGCACAAACUGAGCUAGAGGUGACUGUGUGCUCACAAAAGGGCUUCCUCUAUGGCGGCAGUCCCAUCAUGGGCAUGCUGAAAAUCCCUCUAAAUGAUCCCGAAAUCUCUAGUAAUGGUUUGAAUUCCUGGCUGGAUCUACAACCGGAAAUAAAGCAUGAUUAAGUGUGGAGAAAGCAUAAAAUUUUUCACUCAGUGGUGCUUGUUGCUGGAAUGGGCACAGAGUAUAGGCCGCCGCUGAGCUGCAAUGUGCUUCAUAUUAUAUAACAUUAUCGUAAUAUUAACGGGAAUGUAGUCAGAGUACUUCAUUUUCUCAAACCUUUUAUGUCAAUUUUUUACUUAAACCGCUUUUCAAUCAAAAAACAAAAAUAACAAAAAAAACACGAAAAA